ACGAAGCUUCACAUUUGCGUGAUAACGAAUAAGGCUAAUGGGUGAAUUGUCUGCAGACAGUUUGACCCUGGACCUUCUACGAGAAGCCAGGGAGACCGUGAGGAGAAGCCCGUUGGGUGUCAUCUACACCCCCAUGAUCCCCUGGAGCCAGACCACCCUGCCUGCCCACAAGGCCCACAGUAUCUACAUUAAACUGGAGAACAUGCAGACAAUGGGGUCCUUUAAAAUCCGAGGUGUGGCCAAUCAAUUUGCCAGGAGGCCAAAAGGCGGCCAUUUUGUCACCAUGUCCGCCGGGAAUUACGGAAAGUCGUUUGCGUACGCGUCAAAACACUACGGGUCGAGGGGCAAAGUGGUGAUGCCGGAAAAUGCCCCGAUGUCCAGAUCCGUCCUCAUACAGAGUUUUGGCGUGGAUGUGGAGAGAGUUCCCACUUCCUGUCUGAUGGAUGUGGUAAACCGUUGCGUUAAGGACGAUGACAUGACCUUCCUGCACUCUUAUGACGACCUGGAUCUCAUAGCAGGACAUGCCAGUUUGGGUCUGGAGGUCCUAGAGGCGGUGCCCGAGCCUGACGUGGUGGUGGUGUGCUGCGGAGGAGGGGGGCUGCUGGCCGGAGUGGCCGCCGCAAUCAAGCUAUCAGGAUGUGACGAGACCAGAAUCUACGGUGUGGAACCAGAAGGAGCCUGUACCAUGUACAAGAGCUUCAUCGAGAAGAAGCCGGUGGGCAUGGACACACGCAGCAUUGCAUCAGGACUUGCGCCACCAUUUGCAGGCAUGCUGCCCUACGAGCUGUGCCAGCGCUACGUAGAAGAAAUAGUCCUGGUGAGCGACGACGACAUUAAGGCGGCCGUGUCGACCCUGUACCGAGCCGGCCUGGUGGUGGAGCCGUCCGGUGCGGCCGCCUUCGCCGCUAUCGCUUCCGCCAAGAUACCCCGGCUGGAGGGGAGCGACGUCGUUUGCGUCCUCAGCGGGGGGAACAUCGGCAAGGACGAGCUUGCGAACUUCCAAGACUGACAGAGUACAAGGCAAAUGGAAAGAUUGUGACGGUUAAAACCAUUAGAACAAACGUGUGCAUUAUUCAACAGUCCCUUUUCAAGGUCUGACGGCGAGGACAAGACGUCCACCGGAAUCUACCAUCCGUCCACUCUGGUUGCAAUGUCUCCGGAAGUAUAUAUUUGCCCUCAGAUUCUGAAUUUCAAUUAGUAACACUGAAUAGUUUUUAGCAUCAAAAUAUUCAAUCUCCACUUUUCAGCUUCAAAAAUGCAACACAUUCAGUUGUGAAUUCAAUAUUCAGGGCCUUGUUUUUGUGACCGGCCUAAAUCCGGCGCAAUGGGCGGCGCAAGGAGCGGGUUAGACCGGUGCGGGUCAUAUCGUAGACCAGCGCAGCCCGGCGGAUCAAAGAGUGGGAUGGCUGCGUCACGGUGGGUGUGUUUACAGCAGACUUCAUUCACCGCCAAUCAAAGCGGCUGCUCUCAAUCCCUUUAAAUGUGGCGCAAUGACAGUCGAGACGUCGCUGGCUUGCGCUUGCACGAAAAUCAGAAUCCGCCGGCAUUUGCGCCCGCCGCAGAUGCGCUGUCUAUCUCCUUAUGAAGAUGUCAUGUAACUUCAUGUCAAAAAUUCAAACUAUCCCAUUAAAGUAUCAACCCAAUUACUAGUUAAAACGCUACGUUUGAAUGGCUUUAUUAUGCAUUCAUGCUUAACCUACAAUAUUUACAACUACAUUUUUCAUACAUGGUGGCUGUCAUUACACCCUAUGCAAAUGUAACAAAUAAUAGUACACCAAAGUACCGCUGUGAGCAGUUGUAUAUUAAAUACUACAACUACUGUACAUCGUAUCAGUGAGACGGCAACAUUUAAUUAGCCGUAUUUAUUGUAUUUUUAACAAACCAUUGGUUGUCAACACGCUGAUCUGCACGUACGAUAAAGCAGACGGAAAUCACUGAGAAUAUAAUUUGCAUGCAAAAUUGAUUUCACUUUAU